UAAUGACAGAUAUUGAUUAUUUUUGUUCUAUUUUACUGCCAAUCCUUAGAAACCCUAUCACAAUGUUAUCAUAUUAGAAACAAUAGAUGUACUUCAAACAUACAUAGUAGUACACUAUAUAGCAAAUUUUAUACAUAUUAAAAAAAAAUUAAUUUUAUUUCGAAAAUGAAACCAGAUAAGUCGGAAAACAGCCACAUUAACGACAAUGAUCUGAGCAAUGGUUUAAAAAACCAUAUGUUUUGGAUAUUUGGUUACGGCUCAUUGAUAUGGAAAACUAAUUUUCCAUUCGUUAAAAAAUAUCCAGGAUACAUAAAAGGAUACACCAGACGGUUUUAUCAGUUUAGCCCAGACCAUAGAGGAACACAUGACUUACCUGGACGAGUAGUGACUCUUUUACCAUCAACUAAUGAAAGUCGAGUAUGGGGUAUAGCAUAUGCGAUUGACAAUCGAGAUAUAGAUAAUGUAUGUGCAGGAUUGGACCUACGUGAACGUGCAGGUUAUACUAAGAAAGUUAUCCAAUUUCAUACAAAAACAAAUGAAGAUCAAAUACCAUCUGAAGUCACUGUGUAUAUAGCAGAUGAAAACAAUGAGUGGUUUGCUGGUGAAGCAUCUAUUCAACAAAUUGCUUCCAGAAUAGCAGUGUGCCGUGGAACCAGUGGAUCAAAUCCAGAAUAUGUACAUAAAUUAGCAGCAGAAAUGAGACGGAUAGCUCCUGAAGAAGAUGAUAAACAUUUAUUUGAACUUGAAAUGGCUCUGAAAAGCAUCGAAAAUAGUUAUUAAGGAAAAUCAAAUAUAAGACAUUUUUAUUUAAUUCAUGUUUAUUGUGAGAAAAAAAAAUUAUAUAUUAUUGUUAUAAACACUA